AUGGCACCCAAACGGGACGGAAAUCUGCUUAUCUCACAGGACUUUGCCGGGCUGAUGGCCCUGAAACGACUCGACAGCCCUACAAAUUCAAAGAACAAUACAUCAAACGAGCCUGAAAAAGUUGAGCGAUUCCAAUCGAUUUCUGGUCCUCACCCACCGGGCGAGCGCGAGGUAGCAUUUGGAGGACAUGUCUUUGCACAGUCAGCGUAUGCUGCGUCGAAGACAGUCGAGAAAGGGUUUUUGAUCCAUGAUAUGACGGGUACAUUCAUCAUACCCGGUCGGCUGGACGUUCCAUACGUGUACACGGUGCGCCAUCUCCGCGACGGCCGGAUGUACUGUGCGCGAGCCGUCGAUGUGCGACAGGGCGGUAACAUCUGCUUCUCCUGUCUGUGUUCAUUCAAACGCGACGAGAGGCAGGAGACGAUUGGUCAUCAGCCGGUAUCUGCGCAGGAGCGGUUCAAGUCCAUUCUCGCUGCGAAACGCCCGGAGGAGCAACCUAUCAGUCCCGGUGUAGAUGCGGACUUCUGGAUCUCACUAUUAGAAUCGGGAGAAGUCGUCGAUACUGAGUUUCCUGGCCUGGAUGUGCGAAAAGUCGAUAUGCAGGGGUACAAUCUCACAGAAGAGGUGAAGCAGAGUCCUGAGAAAUACCGUCAGCUCACACUGUACCGUCUUAAGGGGUCACCCGAGGAACCAGAAGUGACUAUCAACAAGGAGGAGCUGAAGAAGAGGGAGGAAUCCGCAGAAUAUGAUAACCUCUAUGCCUGUGCACAUAUGUACUCCAGCGACAAGAAUUCUCUGCUGUUGAUUCCGCGCUCCCUGGGACACUCCGACUGGGACGCAAUGGCGAGUUUGACUCUAACGGUUGUUAUCCAUCAGCACGGCGAUGCGUUAAGAAUGAUCGAUUGGGAUGCUGCAGCAGACGAGGGGGAGUUACCGAAGAAAUGGUUCAUCCAGGAGGGCUGGACUCCGCGAUCUGGGGAGAACAGGGCAAUCCAUGAAAGUUGGCUGUGGAGUCCGGAUGGACAGUUGCUGGCGACGAGUUAUCAGGACAGUUUGUUAAAGUUUUCGAAGCAAGAGCACCGGGGGAAGCUAUGA